CGACACAUGUUCGUUUGCUGUGCUUUCCACUACAUUGUUGUACAACAAUAGAUACGAUUAUGGAUUGUAGAAGUGUGAUCCUGCUAUGCCUUGCAGCACUUUUGGUGUUAUUAGUUGUCAAAACAGAAGGACGAAACAAGAAGGUGGUGAUCCACGUCCCAGUCAAAGUGAAGAAGAUAAAGCACACGCACACAGUGUACAAGACCAUCCAUCAUCAUCACAAGCACCGCGAGCCUCACAUGGAUCAUAGCCUCGUGAGCUCCGAGGAACAUGAGCAUUUCCACCACUUCCACAUACAUGAUGACUCCCCAGUUGGUCAGCACAGUCAGCCUGCUCCCGGGGUUGGGAUCCCGGACUUCCUACCAGAUAGCCUCUUGGAUGUCCCGCUCCAAAUUCCAGAUGUGCCUCCCCAUGAGAUUCCUGGUCUGCCAAACCGACAUAUUGUUCCACUCUAUAGAAGGAUUUAGGUGACAGCUACAUGCAAUACGUGGGUUGGGACAAGCCAUAAUAGACUGACAAAAUAAGCUUUACGACAUUUAUAUUUUUGGGCAAUGAUUUGGUAAU